UGAAAGCUGUUGCCAUGGUGCCGGUCCCCGGGGAGUAGGAGUACAAGCUGUCACAAUGACUCUUACCUCGUUUGACACCUGUGGCUUGGACACACCUACAGGCUGGCUCUGGAUGCAGAGGGACAAGAACAGGGACACACCUACAGGCUGGCUCUGGAUGCAGAGGGACAAGAUCAGGGAUUCUACCACUUCGGCGUGAGAAGGAAAAGGACUCAACAGGCGCUCACACAGACGAGUGCGAGUCUCUCCUUUCUCUUUCCCUUUUCCACCUCUGACGGGCACAGCCUGUUGUUUUUCCACUCUGGAUCGACGACAGCGGUGCGUGCAUGCUCGUGUGUGUGUGGGAGACCAGGGAGCCGCGUCUGCCAGUGGAGGAGAACACACACACACAUUCGCUACCACGCAGCGCCAACAGUCGUCAUUUAUACAGUCGCCUGAUACUUCCUGAAUUUCAAACGCUCUGACCUGGGAACCGUCAGCAGUGUAUCGCUCUGCUUUGUCUCCUCAAAUAUCUUGGGGUGUUUCCUUCCUCGUCUUGGCUGUUUUGUAUGUCCCUCCGCACCUGUGGGCGCGUUUAAAAGAGGUGUUUCGUUUCAGCGAUACGCCAUUGGUCAGCUGGCUGGAACGUCAACGGCGUUUGUGAUCAUGACUGUUGGAGCGAGGCUGGGGUUUUCACAGCCGGACGAUGGCUCCCAAGUGGGCCCAGUCAAUGAUUGCUCUCUGUAAAAGCUUUCCUGUGGCUGCAGAGGUUUCUGAUGAGUCGCGAUAGAGUUAAACAGGCCUUGGGACUGAGUUAGGUUGACGAGGGCGGAGAGGAGGAGGAUGAGGAGAGGAGGAGAAGGAUGAGGAGAGCAGGCAGAGUUGCACACCGUCCACCCAGCCAUCAGAUCCGAACCCCGGAUGGAUCCUGUCUCCGUCUCUCUCUCUGUCUCUCCCCUCCAUCUAUAUUUCAUGUGAUUGUGGAGGUUUAGGUGGGUGGAGGGGGGGCUCAAAGCUCUUUAGAAGGUGCUGUGAUUGAGACCUGGUCAUUUGACUUCAUUGGACUUACAAGCAAAGGAGACGAUGGAAAAAGGGAGAGGUUCCCUCUGAUGUCUCCGGGACAAUCAAGCCCAUUUCCUGCCUUUUGACCACUGCUCUGUCUUCAGUCCGACAAAGCAACAUAGAGGAGGUCCUCUGUGAUCCAGAGACUACAUCUGGCUCUCUCUCUGUCUUCCCACCUGUAGACCAUGUGUUGUCUGGUAUUCGUCCCCGGUUAGGAACCAGAGGCUGCCAACAAUUCACCGGACUUCCCUUUGAACUUUUAUCAUCUUCCUGAUUAAUAGGACGCCGUGAGGAACCUUACCUCUGCUAGCCACCUCCUCCAUCACCUCUUCAUUCUUUCCUCCUGUCCUCUGUGGCUCCGGAGCAAAUCUGUUCUCUUGUUUCCAGCCCUGAGGAAAGAGAAGGAGUAAAGGCGCUUGUUAUUUUUCUUCCUACUUCCCGCCCUCUUCUCCCCUCUGUCUCUCUCAAUGAAUUUCAUCUUUGGUAACAACACUCAGAUCCCGCGGGGCGGGCGAAGUGGUGGCGGGGGCCAGGGCCACGGGGGGCCCCAGAAACAGAAGCAUGGACCCAAGAAAGGCUCCUCAGAGGAACUGGGGCAUCAUGCGGGCUCGCCUUCCUCUCGCUGGCAGCAGCUCAUCACCUUCUUCUCCAAGAGAAACGCCUUCAGCGACUGCAUCACGGCUGGAGCCAUGCAGCCGACAGAUGUGGUGAUCCCGCCUCCCGUACCCAUAAUCCCUGUGAUCCCAAUCUCAGCCGAGACCACUCCUGCCAUCUCUCCGCCUGCACCCACGUCACCCCCAUCACAGGCAAACCCACCUCCUGUGGUGGUCAACACUGACAGCUUGGACACCCCACCAUAUGUGAAUGGAACGGAGGCAGAUUAUGAGUACGAGGAGAUCACACUGGAAAGGGGGAACUCUGGCUUGGGCUUCAGUAUUGCAGGAGGGACCGAUAAUCCCCACAUCGGAGAAGACCCUAGCAUCUUCAUCACCAAGAUCAUCUCUGGAGGAGCUGCAGCUCAGGAUGGUCGCCUCAGAGUGAAUGACUGCAUCCUGAGAGUGAACGAGGCAGAUGUGAGGGAUGUGACCCAUAGUAAGGCUGUUGAGGCCCUGAAGGAGGCCGGCUGCAUCGUCAGGCUCUACGUCCGCAGGAGAAAAACCCUCUCAGAGAAGAUAAUGGAGCUCAAACUUGUCAAAGGUCCUAAAGGUCUAGGAUUCAGUAUUGCAGGGGGAGUUGGGAACCAGCACAUUCCAGGUGACAACAGCAUCUAUGUCACCAAGAUCAUCGAAGGAGGGGCUGCGCACAAAGAUGGGAGGCUGCAAAUUGGAGACAAACUAUUGGCCGUAAACAGUGCUUGCCUUGAGGAGGUGAGCCACGAGGAUGCCGUGGCGGCCUUGAAAAACACCACCGAUGUGGUUUACUUGAAAGUGGCGAAACCCACCAGUGUCUUCAUGAACGACAGCUUCGCUCCACCAGUCAUCACCAACUCAUAUUCCCCUCAAAUGGACAACCAUGUCAGCCCUUCCAACUACCUGAGCCAGGCCCAAACCCCAGCCAGUCCCGGGUGUUACUCACCCAUUCCCAAGAGUAUGCUGGGAGACGACGAGGUCACAAGAGAGCCCAGGAAGGUGGUGUUACACCGAGGCUCUACAGGCCUGGGCUUUAACAUAGUAGGAGGAGAGGAUGGAGAGGGAAUCUUUAUCUCCUUCAUCCUGGCUGGGGGACCUGCUGACCUCUGCGGAGAGCUCCGGAAAGGAGACCGCAUCAUUUCAGUGAAUGGGGUAGACCUCCGCAGCGCGACCCAUGAGCAGGCUGCUGCAGCUCUGAAGAACGCUGGUCAGACUGUCACCCUCGUAGCCCAGUACAGACCAGAAGAGUACAGUCGGUUUGAAGCCAAAAUCCAUGAUCUCCGGGAGCAGAUGAUGAACAGCAGUAUCAGCUCAGGGUCUGGCUCUCUGCGGACCAGCCAGAAACGAACGCUCUAUGUCAGGGCGCUGUUUGACUAUGACAGGACGAAGGACUCAGGGCUGCCUAGCCAGGGACUGAACUUCCACUUCGGAGACAUCCUUCACGUGGUGAAUGCCUCCGAUGAUGAGUGGUGGCAGGCCCGGCAGGUGACCCAUGAGGGUGAAAUGGAAGAGGUUGGGGUCAUCCCUAGCAGGAGGAGGGUCGAGAAAAAAGAGAGGGCAAGGUUAAAGACGGUCAAAUUCAACGCCCGCUCUCAAGACAAAGGGGACCCUGACCACAAAGGACUGAAGCAUGUAACCUCUAACGCCAGCGAUAGUGAAAGUAGUUACCGUGGCCAGGAGGAUUACGUCCUGUCCUACGAGCCAGUCACACAGCAGGAGGUGAACUACACACGCCCUGUCAUCAUCCUGGGGCCAAUGAAAGACCGCAUCAACGAUGACCUCAUCUCAGAGUUCCCAGACAAGUUUGGGUCGUGCGUUCCACACACGACCAGACCAAAGCGGGACUACGAGGUGGACGCCAGAGAUUACCAUUUCAUGGUGUCCAGGGAGCAGAUGGAGAAAGACAUCCAGGACCACAAGUUCAUUGAGGCGGGCCAGUACAAUAACCAUCUCUAUGGGACCAGUGUCCAGUCUGUACGAGAGGUCGCUGAGAAGGGGAAGCAUUGCAUCCUGGAUGUUUCGGGCAAUGCCAUCAAAAGACUACAGUCAACCAUGCUCUACCCGAUCGCUAUUUUUGUCAAGCCUAAGUCUGUAGAGAAUAUUCUGGAGAUGAAUAAGAGGCUAACAGAGGACCAGGGGAGAAAGACAUUUGAAAGAGCCCUGAAGCUAGAGCAGGAAUUUACUGAGCACUUUACUGCUAUAGUCCAGGGUGACUCUCUGGAGGAGAUAUACAACAUGGUAAAGAUUAUCAUAGAGGAACAAUCCGGACCUUUCAUCUGGGUGCCUGCCAAGGAGAAAUUGUGAAAGGAGCAUGGAUGAUAUGGCUCUUUUUUUAUUUUAGUUGUCUUGGUUCUCUUCUCCGAUUUGACCUUUCAACCUUCCCCAUGCACUCGCACCUACACUGCCCAGCUCCAUUCUGUCACACCGGCUGGGUUUGAUACUAUAGUGCCCGGAGAGUUGAUCACACAGACUUUGUUCCAGCUCUGUAUCUUACACAUACUCAGUUGUUUAACACUGUCCCUCUCACACAAACAAACACAGACAUGCUCUCUUUCUCUGGUGUUUUCUUGGGCGGUCUCUCACAUACGGAUGUCUGGACAUUGUCUCUAGAUGCUUUUCCUGUUAAGGAGGAAGGGCUUUGCCUGACCAGCAUCUUACAGGGAGAUUUUUAUGGUACAAUUCCUUAAUGUUUAAGGAAAAUGAUAUAGAUGCAUAUAUAUAUAUAUAAAUAUUUUUUCUCUUUGUUUACUACUUUUCUUCACAUUAUUGAAAGUAAAUGCAUUCAUAUAUGGGUUCAUAAAGGAAAUAACAUGAGGCAAACCUUUGCACGUUAUAGCUUUAAACAGCAUGUUUCGGACAAUUAGGAUUAUUUUCUUGUCACGUUUUUCCUGAAAUGUUUUUGUUGUUCUUCUGUUCUCCUUUAGAUUUGCAUCUGAGCUGCUUUACUUAUAGCCCUCUUUUACAUGUUGUAUCUACAUGCAGUCUAACGGCGCCUCUGCUCACCUGACCCAGUCAUACUCACCCUGUUUUAGUCUUCAACUUCCGGAAUGUAGUGAGGUUCAAUGGCACAAAAAGGCAGUUAUUAUCAUUAACAGCCUUUACUCACUACAAUCCAUAAUGGUUUUAUGUCAGUAAGCUUUUGGGUGGUUAAUAUAGAAUGAAUCACAUUAGUGAGUUUUUAAACUUACUCCAGCCAUGAUUUAUUAUUAUUAUUAUUAUUUUUAGGAAGGACAUGGAACAACAAUGCAAAAAACAAACUAAAUAAUUUAUUGUACACUGAGAUUUUAACAUACUGCAUAUUUAUCCCUCAGUCUACUGCCUAUUUUGUUAUAAUAAAAAGUAUAUAUUGAGCUUUAGUUUAAAAAAAACUCA